AAGAGUUGGCUUAAAGGCCCCUGGGAUCAUUCCCAGAAUCUCUGUGCGUGAACCUAUGCAGACUGGUAUUAAGGCUGUGGACAGCUUGGUGCCAAUUGGUCGUGGCCAGCGUGAGCUGAUCAUUGGUGACAGGCAGACUGGGAAAACUUCAAUUGCAAUUGACACAAUAAUCAACCAGAAACGAUUUAAUGAUGGAACAGAUGAGAAAAAGAAGCUGUACUGUAUCUAUGUUGCAAUUGGCCAGAAGAGAUCUACUGUUGCUCAGCUGGUGAAGAGGCUCACUGAUACAGAUGCCAUGAAGUACACUAUUGUGGUGUCUGCCACAGCAUCUGAUGCAGCACCCCUUCAGUAUCUGGCUCCCUAUUCAGGCUGCUCCAUGGGGGAAUACUUCAGAGACAAUGGAAAACACGCAUUAAUCAUCUAUGAUGACUUAUCCAAACAGGCUGUUGCCUAUCGUCAGAUGUCUCUGCUCCUGCGUCGUCCACCUGGUCGUGAAGCCUACCCAGGUGAUGUGUUCUACCUGCACUCCCGCCUGCUGGAGAGAGCAGCCAAAAUGAAUGAUUCCUUUGGUGGUGGCUCUCUGACUGCCUUGCCUGUCAUUGAAACUCAGGCUGGUGAUGUGUCUGCUUACAUUCCAACCAAUGUCAUCUCCAUCACUGAUGGACAGAUCUUCUUGGAAACUGAGUUGUUCUACAAAGGUAUCCGUCCAGCCAUCAAUGUCGGUCUGUCUGUGUCCCGUGUAGGUUCUGCUGCUCAGACUAGGGCUAUGAAGCAGGUGGCAGGUACCAUGAAGCUGGAAUUGGCUCAGUAUCGUGAAGUAGCUGCCUUUGCUCAGUUUGGGUCUGAUCUGGAUGCUGCCACACAACAGCUGUUGAACCGUGGUGUACGUCUGACAGAGCUUCUCAAACAAGGACAAUAUGUUCCCAUGGCUAUUGAGGAGCAAGUUGCAGUCAUCUAUGCUGGUGUAAGAGGUCACUUGGACAAGCUGGAGCCCAGUAAAAUCACUAAAUUUGAGAGUGCUUUCCUAGCUCAUGUACUGAGCCAGCACCAGGCCCUCCUCUCCACGAUCAGGGCUGAAGGAAAGAUCUCUGAUCAGACAGAAGCUAAGUUGAAGGAAAUAGUCACAAGUUUCCUGGCUACUUUUGAGGCAUAAACUCUUAACUGUUCAAACAGACCAGGCUGUUGUCAUAAUCCCAUGCUCCGGCUCCAUCAAAGACUUAAAAGUAUGUGUGACUUGAAUGUACAGAACUCAAUGAGAAUAAAAGUUUCCAUGGAAAAAGGCUUGUAUAUUCUGUUCUAAAU